AUGGUAUCCAGUGAAUUAAUAUUUGGUGUGAUAUUCUUCUUUCAAUGUGCCAUUGGUGUUGUAGGAAAUUCACUGCUGCUCGUGCUCUAUGUUUGUAUCUCCUUCAAAAAGCCUCAACAGAAGAAGCCAAUAGACUUGAUUCUUGCUCAUUUGACUUUGGCCAACAUGAUAACACUUUUAACCAGAGGCAUCCCAGAAAUCAUGUUUUGUUUUGGGAUGAGAUAUUUUUUAGAUGAUAUAGCAAGUAAAACUCUUAUGUACAUUCACAGAGUUUCCCGGGGACUUUCUGUCUGCACAACAAGUCUUCUGAGUAUGUUCCAAGCCCUCAUCAUCAGUCCCAACAACUCUAUGCUUGUAAGCAUCAAAGUCAGAGCCCCCAAAUACAUGGUACAUUAUUUCCUCUUUUUCUGGGUUACCAAUGCGUUGAUCUACAUCACUGUCAUUCAAUCUACUGAAGAAACCAAAAAUGAAACAAUUUCCAGGUAUCGUUAUGUUUCACAUCUUUUUAUUACAAGAGCAACAAGAAAUGAUAGUGAACUUGCUGGUGCAUUUAUGUUUGGUAUGACUCUUCAUGACCUUAUCUUUCAUUUCCUUAUGUGCUUGUCCAGUAUUCACAUGGUGCUUCUCCUGUAUAGACAUAGUAAGCAAGUGCAACAUAUUUAUAGCAAUAGUCAUUCUCCUAGAUCCUUCCCUGAGGUCAAGGCCACCCAGACCAUCCUCUUGCUUGUAACCUGUUUUGUUUUAUUCUACUGGCUCAAUAACUGUAUGACCUUGCACUUAACUUUUAUUUCUGAAAAACAUGUUGAGUUAGACACCAUCGCAACCAUUUUUGGUGGAUGUUUCCCUGCCCUCUCUCCCUUAUUGUUGAUUGGCAGUGAGAGUCGCAUCCCAAAACUUCAUUGUAUUCCUGGAAAGGCACAAAGUUCCUCAUAA